AUGUAUGCAAUGCUUGACCAUGCCCAUCUGCCCUAUAAUCUGUGGGGUAAAGCUGCUUUAUGUGCUGGAUACCUCUUCAAUCACAGCAAAUCACAUGCUCUAGAGCCCAGUACUACAUCUUUUGAGAUGCUGCAUGGUAAAAAGCCUGACAUUUCACACCUCCAAGUAUUUGGUGCAUGA